AUGGACGAAUGGAUUGAGGGAAAGAGGGAGGAAAAGGAGGAAGAAGUAGAAGAAAAAGAGGCGGAGGAGAUGGAUGGACAAAUGGAUGGAGUGAAGGAGGGCGUUCCUGGCGGCAGUGAGGUAGUGGUGACGUCACAUGAAGGCAUCACCAGGAUGGCUAACGACACGUUUUCCCAUCCUAACAUGACAAAAGCCAACAACACUAGCCCGAACCCCAACUUUCUCUUAAGCUCAGAAGCAAGAGGAAGUCCAAGCGGAGUUGAAACCUCACUCCAACUCUCGACUCGUGAUGAACUAUUGCUCGACAUAGAACGCUCCCUCAAAGUGUACUACUCAAUCUUGCUCCUAGCUGUGGGGACUGUUUUCAACAUUCUGUCAAUCCUUAUACUCAGCCGUAACACUUUCCGUCGCUCCACGACAUCCGUGUAUCUCAGGUUCCUCGCAGCAGUCGAUCUGUUCGCGCUCUACAACGGUCUCAGCCGACAGUUUAUUUCUGGGGUGUCCGGAUACAACAUUCGGUCUCUCAGUGAAGGUUUCUGCAAGUUUCACCGAUGGACGACGGCGUUCGCCCCGGACAUCAGUGCGUGGAUUCUGGUCGCGGUGACGUCAGAGAGAUUGCUCAGUGUUGCUUAUCCUCACAAGGUCAGGAUGAUUUGUUCCAAGACAACGGGAUGGACUACCGUCGUUCUGAUCUCGAUCCUAUUAAUGGCGUCUAAUCUACCUCUGCUAUUAUUUUAUGGGGAUGUGAAAACGUACGACCCACAGACAAACAGAACUUCCGUUUACAAGUGCGUGCUUCUGGACUCAGAGUUCAUGGACAACAUCUGGUACUGGAUUGACAUCACAAAGUUUGUACUUUUACCAAGUCUUAUCUUACUCUUCUUCAACCUCGUUAUCAUCUAUUUCGUUAUUCAUAGCCGACGAAAAGUAGAGAGGAUUUCAACUACCAAACAAAGUUCAACCUUUCAGACAUCUGCCGCUGGAGAGACUAAUCAUGCGACACACAACCAGGAUUCUCUCAAGACGACAACCACUACGAAUUACAAUGAAGCUUCUAACGAACAAACCGUUAAGAUAAUCUCAAACAACAGAAAAAGCACCAGUACCAGAACUGAUGGCGCGAAAACAAAUAACGCAAACUCCAGCACUGGUACCACUGAGUCAAAGUAUCCAAGAGAUAAACAAAAAAGCGUGGUCAGCAGAAACAAUAAAGAGGUUUCUUUGACCUUGACAUUACUCUCAGUCAACGUGACCUUCAUCGUCUGCAACUCGCCCAUCUCCGUGUACCUCCUGGGCGCCAGCUACUGGUUCCCACCCGGCUACCUACCGGAAGAACGUCUCACGCUCACCGCCGCCAUCUUAGCCAUGUACACCAACAACGCCGCUAACUUCCUGUUGUACUGCGCCACAGGCUCCAGAUUCCGCGCUGAGAUUCGUCAGUUGUUUCGGGAAAUUCACCGCGCUUGUCGCAGCUGUUGUCGUUGUUGUCGUUUCUGUUGGUGUCGUCGUUGCAAAUCGUGGUCCGACUCGGACAGAGAGGCCAGCACUGGACGUUCUUUGUCACAAUUUGUGAGCGAGUCAAGUAGUACUGCACUGAGAUGUAGUGGGGAGAGAGACAGCGGGAAUGUGAAUGGGGCUUUCGCAGAGUGUUCGGAGUGAGACCAACCAUGAUAAUUCUGAUUGAUGUCUAACUGAUAAAGGGGCACAAAAGCCUAAUAAAUGAUAAUGGGGACUCAACAUCUAAAGGGAGACGGGUUUAGUGAUGUAGGAAUAAGCGCAUGGAGAACUUAGAAACUUCUGUAGAUGACAGUCAAAGGAUCCAAGAAGAAGAAGAGAAAGAAGAAGAAGAAGAAGAAGAAGAAGAAGAAGAA